AUGCAGACGAAAGUGGAAGAGGAGGAGGAGGAGGAGGAGAAGGCGGAGGAAAAAGGGAGGAGGAGGAGGAGGAGGAAGAAGAGGAGGAGGAGGAGGAGGAGGAGGAGGGAGGAAGGAGAAGGAGGAAGAAAAAGGAAUGGCUUAACAGACAAUGCACAAGAAAGUGGAGUAGGAGGAGGAGGAGGAGGAAGAAGAAAAAGGAAUCUCUUAACAGACAAUGUAGACGAAAGUGGAGGAGGAGGAGGAGGAGAAAGAAAAAGGAAGGGCUUAACAGACAAUGCACAAGAAAGUGGAGUAGGAGGAGGAGGAGGAGGAAGAAGAAAAAAGGAAUCUCUUAACAAGACGAGGUGCAGACAAAAGGGGGAGGAGGUGGAGGAGGAGGAGGAGGAAGAAGAGGUAGGAGGAGGAUGGAGGAAGGAGAAGGAGGAAGAAAAGAAUGGCUUAAACAGAAACAAUGACACAAGAAAGUGGAAUUCAGCGGAGGAGACACUCCAGCAACAGGGAGAGCUUUCUUUGGGCGUUGUACCUGACCAACAAUCAAAAGUUCCUACGGAGGGUAACAGCGGCGACUCCUCAUAA